UCAAGGAAUGGAGAAGCUUGCAAGUUGAAGGACUGCUUGGGCAGUGUUGGUUGGUGAAGGUCGUUGCCUGGACCUGGUGAUUCUGGGCGUUCACUUUGCAGCUUGCUGGUGGAAGCUUUUGCCCAUUAGCUGGGUCACUCUCACGUGGAUGUAACUGGAUCUCUCAGUAUGUUUAGUCAAGAGGAGAUAUAUCUGGUCCUUUCUAUACUGUAUGGCUGUCUGUUAGGGAGUUCAGGACCACUGCGGAAGAUCACCAAAUAAAAGUAGGAAUUAAAAGGAAAUGCUGUCCUUCCGGGAUGUGGCCAUUGAUUUUUCUCCAGAAGAGAGGGAAUGCCUGGCGCCUGCUCAGUGGAAUUUAUACAGGGACGUGAUGCUGGAGAAUUACAGCCACCUUGAUUUUCUGGGCCUUGCUGUCGCUAAACCAUACUUGGUAACAUUUCUGGAGCAAAACCCAGGGUCUUUGGGCGUGAAAAACCAAACAUCAGCCACCAUCCUUCCAGGAACAACAGGCAAUGAAUUUAACAAUCACAAUGAGGCCAUUGAUCACAGCUCUCUUAUGCAAUGCCAGAGAAUUCAUACAGGAGAGGAGCCCUACUACUUUGAAGAAUGUGGUAAGGCCCUUAGUUCUCAGGCAACACUUUCUGUACUCCAGAGACGUUAUAUUGGAGACAAACCCUACAAGUGUAAAGAGUGUCAUAAAACACUUAGCAGUCGCUCAUCACUUUUAAUACACCAGAAAUAUCAUACUGAUGAAAAAACCUACAAGUGUGAAAAAUGUGGCAAAGGGUUUUUCCGUUCCUCAGAUCUUCAGCAUCAUCAAAAAAUUCAUACUGGAGAGAAACCAUACAAAUGUGAAGAGUGUGACAAAGCCUUUCUUCAUCAUUCGUAUCUUAGGAAACACCAGGCAGUUCAUACUGGAGAGAAACCCUACAAGUGUGAAGAGUGUGGAAAUUCAUUUUACUAUCCUGCAAUGCUGAAGCAACAUCAAAGAAUUCAUUCUGGAGAGAAACCUGACAAGUGUGAAGAAUGUGGAAAGGUAUUUUCCUCUGCUUUCUUCCUUAACCAGCAUAAAGGAAUUGAUUCCGGAGAGAAAAGGUACAAAUGUCAAGAAUGUGGCAAAUCCUUUUGCUAUCGUUCAUAUCUUAGGGAACAUUAUAGAAUGCAUUCUGGAGAUUAUCCGUACAAGUGUGAAGAAUGUGGCAAAGGGUUUUCCCGUUCUUCAAAGCUUCAGGAACAUCAAACAAUUCAUACAGGAGUUAAACCCUACAAGUGUGAAGAGUGUGGGAAGUGUUUUUCCUCUUUUACAUCCCUUAAAAGACAUCAAAUCAUCCAUUCUGAAGACACUCCCCAUGAGUGUGUAGAAUGUGGCAAAAGGUUUUCUAGUUCUUCCCGCCUUCAGGAACAUCAGAAAAUUCAUACUGAAGAGAAACCAUACAAAUGUGAAGAAUGUGACAAAGCCUUUCUUUAUCACUCGUUUCUUAGGAGACACAAAGCAGUUCACACUAGAGAGAAACCAUACACAUGUGAUAAGUGUGGGAAAUGUUUUUCUUCCUUUACAUCCCUUAAAAGACAUCAAAUCCAUUCCAUAGACACUUCUCAUGAGUGUGUGUAAUGUGGCAAAAGGUUUUCUAGUUCUUCCCACCUACAGGAACAUCUAGAAAUUCAUACUGGAGAGAUCAUACAAAUACGAAGAAUGUCACAAAGCCUUUCUUUAUCAUUCAUUUCUUAGGAGACAUGAGGAGGCAGUUCACGGAGAGAAACCACACAAGUGUGAAGAGUGUGGGAAAUGCCUGUUCUUUUCUUCAACCCUUAAAAGACAUCAAAUAAUUCAUUGUGAAGUCAGUCUCUACAAGUGUGGGGGAAUGUUUAAAGCCCUUUGUAUGCUGUCUACCUUUAAGAAACACAAGUUUGUUCAUUUUGGAGAGGAACCAUACAAGUGUGACCCAUAUACGAAAGCCUUGUCUUCUAAUACUUCCCUGUUUGAGCACAAGCUAAGUCAUCCUGGAGGGAAAUUUUACUAGUUUGAAGAAUAUACCAUAAUAUUUUACUCUAAUUUAUAAUUGAAGAAACAUUAAAAAAAAUCAGUGUCAAGAGAAAACAUAGAAAUGUGAUCAAUUUGGAAAAAAAUCCUUUUCCAUUAACUAAUAUCUGAUUCAUACUGGAGAGAAACACCAAAAUUUGAAGAGUGUGGCAAAAUGUUUUAUUCUGUGUUAGAGCUUUCAUUCCAAAAUAUUCAUACUGUAGAAAAACCAUACAAGUAUGAACAGUGUCUCAUUUCAGGAUCUUACCUCUCUGUGCCCUCUAAGUUAAUUAUUUUGAAAUGUUAAAUACGUAAUACCCACCAGCAAAAUGCUAAGAAUGCGGUCAGAGGACAGUAGAGAUCUUACUUUGAUGUAAUCUUUCCACCACUAUAAAGCAAUGGGUUUGGAAUACAUCUUGAUAAAUUUCUUUCUUCUGUGACUAUCAAUACAGCACGAAACUGUUACCAUGCUCUUACACUGCUGUUUAGGUUUCCUCAAUCUGAGUGCUGGGUCAUGGUAUACUUACUGUUGUUUUUCCCAGCGGGGUCACCCAAGGGCCUAUAAUAAUGUCUCUCAUGGGUUUUGUAAAAAGUUCUGUAAACUCACAUUUCUCACCAAGAUGGACUUUGUUGGAAUGGUCUGGGUGCCUGCCAGCUUGAGGUGAGUAAGAAUUAAUGUUUGUCUCCUUAGGAAAUGCUGAAAGAACAGACUGAAGGUCGUGUUUGGUUCCAGAAUAGAGAAUCUCUUAUCUGCUUUAAUUAAGGAAGUUGUGUGUGUGUGUGUGUGUGUGUGUGUGUGUGUGUGUGUGUGUGUACCACUGUCAUUUUCAUAGCAACAAAUUCACAUACUGUAAUAAGGACCAAAGCAAAUGUCACAUAUUGUGAUAAGGACCAAAGCCAAAUGUGCUCACUGAGCAUAGAUGAUAGAGUUGAUUAUUGUUGGGUCCUAAGUAAAAUAUUAAAGCCUAGAUGGACUGUUACGGCCUAGGUAACUGUUACCUGGAUAGCCUGCCAAUAUAACAUAUUUAUAUGUUUCUGCUGUUACUAGGAAAUUUUCUAAUGUGAAGAUUGAUUAAAUAUUCUGUUAUAUUCUCUGCUCUUGGAAACCAAUCACUAUAGAAGUCAGUAGAAGUGUUUUAUGUAAUUAACCACAAUAAACUUGGACCUGAACCAACCAUCCAACAGCACUUCCUGUACCUCUGUAUAGGUUGUUGUGGUAUAAGCUGCUUGCUCUUGGUAUAGACCCCUAUGUAAGAGAUAUAAAACUAUUCAUAAUAAGCCUACUAUUUUGAAUUAUACAUGAGUAAUGCUUAAGUUCCCAAGACCUCCUGGGAAAAUGACAUCUUACUUAGCAGAAAGAGACAUGUAAGUGGGUAACUGACAUCCUGGUUGCCAUAUUAAUACAUGAAUGUUAGACCAAGUAAGUCCCUGACACAGUGGAAUACUUAAACCAAUGGGAACAGGGUAAGUGCACAACAAAGACAAGUUCCUAAGGAAACCCCGAUCCCAACUCCUGAUGGUGAAAUAACUUGGCACAGAUGUUUGUAGAUUUGGGCUUAAAAAUCCUGUAAGAUCUAAACACCUUGUCAUUGUUCUAUUCUCAAAUCUGGACCAUGGCCCUGGUCAGCUGAUUCUUGGGUGUAUGCUCAAUAAACUAUCUUUGUCUGUAAGAUUGGUGUUUGUGUGGUUUAUGAGGUGAUUCCUGGACCCCAACACUAUCAGAU